CGAGCUGUACUGCCAGCAAUGUUGUCCGGCUUUGAGAGUUGCGUGCCAUGUGCAAGUGGCUGACAGCAGCAGACUCUCUCACGGCAAACGUUUUUAGACUAUCGUAAGCGCUGCAGCAGAAAAAUGAGUCUUUUACCUCGCACUGCCGAGGAGUUCAGCUCCGCCGAGUACUGGGAGAGAUUUUUUAAGAAGCGCGGAGAGAAGGCUUUUGAAUGGUAUGGAGACUACAACAAACUCUGCGGCGUGCUGCAUAAAUACAUCAAAGUCAAAGAUAAGGUGUUGGUGGUCGGUUGUGGUAACUCUGAGCUGAGUGAACAGAUGUUUGAUGUCGGCUACAAACAUCUUACUAAUAUUGACAUCAGUGAGACAGUGGUGACCCACAUGAACCAGAGAAACGCUGAGCGCCGGCCAGGCCUGACCUUCCAGCAGGUGGAUGCUACACAAACUCCGUAUGAGGAGGCUAGCUACCAGGCUGCUCUGGACAAGGGCACACUGGAUGCCAUGGCGUCAGAAGAAGAAGGAGCACUGGCCAGGAACAUGCUCACUGAGGUGGGCCGUGUGCUAAGUGUCGGCGGGCGGUACGUCUGUGUGACGUUGGCUCAGGAGAGCGUGAUCAAGUUGGCCGUGGAGCACUUUGUUCAGCUGGGCUGGGCUGUGAGGCUCCACUGCCUGCAGGAGGAACUGGGAAAAGAAGAGGACUCCUUUGCUCUGCCGGUCUUUGUUCUGGUCUGCACCAAGUUUCGUCAGCCUAUGCCCAUGCCUAUUCUGGAGAUGUGCCUUGGGGAAGAGGGAGCCCCUACUCGUCUCCCACAGGUAGCUGACUUGUUGUCUGCUGUAAGGGAUCAUCAGGCUUACUCUGUCUUGAAAAAGAGACUCCGUACAAGCACAGACGCCAGCUCGAACCCCUCACUCACUCUCUGCCACGCCAAGACUGGCCUCCCCAGAUACUCUCUCACAGUACAAGAUUGUCCCCCAGGUGCCAAGGUGCCAAGAUCAAACCCGUUUGCUAUUUUUAUUGUGCCUCAAGGCAGUGAGACAGCUUGGCUCUACAGCUCCAGUGAGGGGCGAAGGCAGCUGGCAGCCAGUGCUAACUUUCGGCGCCUGGUUAUUGCGGCAAUGCACAGGAAUCAGGAGUACACAGACAUGCAGGCUGUCCAGUCAGAACUCUCACCAAUGGUGAUGGACCUGGCUCCCCCGGGUAUGCCAACAAACCAGCAGGUGCCGUUUCUGUCCGUUGGAGGGGACCUGGGUUGGCGAGAGGAGGUCAGCAGGGGUGUGAGUGAGCUGAGCGGGGAGUACUGUGUGGAGAAUGUCAAAGGAGAAGACGGAGAGCUGUAUCGGAGACUCGUUUUCCUGUCUAAUGUUGCCCUCGUCCAAUCAGAGAGCCGUCUUGUCCCUUCAAAUACUGCAUCAAGUCAGAAGAAGAAAAACAAAAAGAAGCUCAAGCCAACAGAUGCUGCAGCAACAUCUUCCACCUCUCUGUCAGUGGACAGCGGCUUCCUCUGCUGCGCUCACCAUGAGGUUAUGGUGGCGGGCCUUGCUAUGCUAGGGGUGGGCACGCCACAGAACAAAGAUGUCCCGGUGUCAGUGCUCCUGGUGGGGCUUGGUGGGGGAGGCCUGCCUCAGUUUCUACGGGACUUUGUGCCCGGUGUUACUGUCGAGGUUGUGGAACUGGAUCCUGUCGUGAUGCAAGUGGCAAAGGAAUGCUUCGGGUUUCGACCAGAUGAUCGCUUGACUGUCACUCUUGGGGACGGCCUCGAACGCAUCUGUGUCCUGGAGAAAGAAGGUGGUCGUUUGUUUGAUGCCAUCAUGUUCGAUGUAGACAAUAAAGAUAGCACUAUGGGUAUGAGCUGUCCUCCUGCUGCCUUUGUAGAAACCUUGAUCCUGCAGAAAGUCUACAGCCUGCUAACCCCCAGAGGUGUAUUCAUACUGAACCUUGUGUGUCGUGACUCAGCCUUGAGGAACAGCGUGUUGGAGCGUCUGAGCGCCGUGUUUCCCACCAUCCUCUCUAGAAAGAUUGAAGGGGAGGUCAACGAGGUCCUUCUUUGCUCUCGUGGAGAAAAUGAGACCUCGGACGCUGUUCGCAUCCUUCCGUCCCUGAACCAAGCAGCCAAAAGCCUGCAGAGCGCACUGUGCUCUAACAGGACUGGAACCAAGAGCAGCCCACAUAUAGACAUUGCAGAGUUGUUAAAAGAACUGAAAGUAGAGUAAAUGUAUGUGGGACCAGAGGGGGAUGGGGUUUACAGUAAUCAUGAGUCAUACUGGAAUAUGAGAGUAAUUGCUUUGACUUUGCCAUUCAGUGUGAUGUAAUUAAAAGUAUUGAUGUACAACAUC